AUGGUCCAGUUCAUCCCGCCUCCGGAGCCUCGAACUCUGCUUCCUCCGCUCCUUGCAUGCCUACCGACCGCCUUCGCGUCCCCCCGCCCCCCGCCAGCUCUGCUUCCCAUUCUCUCGCCGAUUCUGCGCCAGCGUGUUCAACUUCUCUCCAUCACAAACGGCCCGAACGAGUCAUGGCUGCCCCUCCUCUCGUGGGACAAAGAACGGGCCAGCAACCUCCCGAAGGUUGUUGAAAACCUCGAGAUCGAGCCGCAUCCAUCCUCGGGCGAAAUCGAGUUUGAGGACGUGAAAGGUGUCCGAUACAGGCGGAGGGAUGAGGAGACCCUCGAGGCCAGACUGGAGCUGGAGGAGUUUAAACUUGUGCCGAUAUACCUCUGGUGCAUGACGGACGAGUCCAGCGGCGGCCCGGGGUGGCGGCUCACCGAACUUCGUGCUCUCGAGGACAUCGACGAUGGCACCGAGUGGUUUGACAGCAUGGAUGAAGCCAACGAGGGCUCUAAGGUUGCGUACAUUCGGGAUGCUCUCCGCCAAGACACGCUCAGUCCCAACGCCCGCAGCGUGCCUUAUCAGCAGCAGCACGGCAACCAAGAAGAGCAGGACGACGACGACGACGACUAUUGGAACUCUUACGAUAGGACUCCAGGAAGAACCCCUGCUAGAACACCUGCCAAGCGCUCCCCUGCACCUAGCUCGAGCGUGCAGAUGCCGUCAGCGUCGGAGCUCGAGUAUUUCGCUCGCUACGCCAUGGAAGUGCAGCCCGCGUUGGAUGCGCACGACCCGGACGAAGAGGUUGACGAGUCUAUCGAGUCCACACUCAAUGGAAACUCGCUGGUUACUGAACGCCAGCCUCAGGUCGAACCCUUGGAGUCGACUAACCUCGGUCCGGGAGGGUACGAUUCGUCGCUGCCGCCGGCGCAACAAAACACAACCAACGAGAUCAACCACCCACGCCCCGAAUCGGCCGCUUCCUCGCUAUCGGGCUCGAUUGAGCGGAUGGAGCAGGCGGCGGAAGUUUCUUCCCAAGCUGAAGUUGCCAUCAAACAGCAUAUCAGCACCGAUAUUAAAAGCUUGUACAGAUUGGCCCGAUCGGCCGGAAUCCAGCGUGAAGAAUUCGAACGCGUCGUCAGGACAGAAUUGGAGAUGCUCAGCAUGAUGGAGCUUGACGAGUGA